GUUCCAUCUGUAUCCUCUAUCCGAUGGGGAAUCCUGCAACAGUAUCUCCUUUCGCAUGUAAUCUAUUAAAUGUUGAAGGAGUUAAUGGCAUGGAAAGUCGGUCUAUAAAGAGAAUCUUAGAUAAUUUGGGUGCUCAGAUUUAAUGGCCGGGAAAGAGGUGUUGGCCAUGGAGACCUCAAAGCCCAAGAGAAACAUCUAUGUCAUUGCCUGUGCGGUACUCGUAUCCACUAAUUCGGUUUUCUUGGGUUAUGAUAUAUUUACGAUGAAACGUAGAUAUUGGAGUGAUGAGCGGGGCGGGUCUGUUCAUCGCGGAGGAUCUAGACAUAGGAGACCGGGAGUUGCUGAUCCUGGUAGGCUCACUGAAUUUGAUAUGCAUGCUGGGGGCUGCUCUGGCCGGGCAAACGUCAGAUGCGGUGGGGCGAAGAUGGACCAUGGCUCUUGCAGCACUCAUAUUUUUUAUGGGUGCGGUUGUGAUGUCGCUAGCGCCUUCCUUCGCGUGGUUCAUGGUGGGCAGAUUAAUGGCCGGCAUUGGAAUUGGCUACGCGCACGUUAUUGCUCCAGUCUACAUAGCCGAGUUGGCCCCUGCCUCCACCCGCGGAAUGCUCACCUGUUUUCCCGAGAUCUUUAAUAACUUGGGAAUUCUGCUGGGCUACGUUGCUGACUACGCAGUCCAAGGUUUGCCGGCACGUUACAGCUGGCGGGUGAAGCUCGGGAUGGGUAUCGUUCCUCCCAUUUUCAUGGUCGUCUUCGUUCUCUUCAUGCCCGAGUCUCCGCGGUGGCUCAUCAUGAAGAAUCGCAACGAGGAUGCCAUGAAAGUGCUGCUCAAAACCUCCGACAGCGAGGCCGAGGCAGAAAAGAGGCUGGCACAGAUCAUGGAAGGAAUUCAAUACGCGCAGAAGAAUCUGAGGAAGGGCGGUCAGAGGUCGGAGGUGGAUGGGGACCCGUUGAAAAGCGAGGGAGAGGGAACGUGGGUAGAGUUAUUAUUCAGAACCACGCCUACAGUUAGGCGUAUGCUGAUCGUGGGCUUGGGGUUGCAGUUCUUCCAGCAGGCAUGUGGCAUCGACGCUACCGUCUAUUACAGCCCCGUCACGUUCAGGGGGGCAGGAAUUAAGAGCCAAAACGCCAUACUGGGGGCAACAAUGGCUAUAGGAAUUGUCAAGACCGGAUUCAUUGUUGUGGCCGCGUUUUUCAUAGACAAAGUAGGGCGGAGGCCGCUAUUGCUCACCAGCACAGCCGGGUUGACUUUGUCCCUGGUGGCUCUGGCCUUGUGUCUCAUUUUUGUGGGCAAAACGUCCGGCUCAGCCCACGGAGCUACCGCGUUUUUAGCAGUAGUGGCUGUGCGUUGUAACGUUGCCUUCUUCUCCAUUGGGCUGGGCCCUGUUAAUUGGGUGAUGGGGGCCGAGAUAUACCCACUUCGACUUCGGGCCAAGGCGACUGGACUUGGCACAGGGGUUCACAGACUUGUGAGCGGAGGGAUUUCCAUCACAUUUCUAAGCUUUUCCGAUGCAGUCAGUGUGCCUGGCGUCUUCUUCUUCUUCGCGGGGUUUUCUUUUCUGGCAGUGGGGUUCGUGUAUUGGUUUGUGCCGGAGACAAAAGGCGAAACCCUGGAAGAGAUUGUGGAAUGCUUUGACAUCAAAUAUUCGGGAAAGGCCGCUACUCCUAGCGAGUUGGAGCUUGGGAAUGGUGAAACCAGUACGGCACCAACGGAUUCAGCACAAGCUACGGAGCCUACGGUAUCAAAUGCUUGAUAGAUUACUUGUUCUGGAAUAUCGAAGCUGCUUCAUAAAUUGCCUAUAAAUUGUUGCGCUGCAAAAAACUGAAUCAACGAUUCCCAAAGAACACUC